UAUGGUUUUUUCUCUUAAAUUUUAGAAAUGAAUUCAGACUCGGUCGCAAUGGCAGAGCUGCAUGGAAAGAUGCAUAAACAGGAGACAGUGUGCAUCUUUGGAACGGGUGAUUUCGGACGCUCGUUGGGGCUCCGUUUGGUCCAGUCAGGGUACAACGUUGUAUAUGGAUCCCGGGACCCUAAAAACUCUCUGUUGCUGCCUAAGGGGUCAAAGGUAAUGGCUCAUGCAGCAGCAGCUAGUGAAGCACAUGUGAUUUUUGUGGCUGUGCAGAGGGAGCACUAUGGAUUUUUGAGCUCCCUGGCUUCAGAUCUUGAGGGAAAGGUGCUGAUAGACGUCAGCAAUAAUCUCAGGAGGGGUCUCUACCCAGAAUCCAAUGCAGAAUACCUGAGCGGGCUGGUUCCAGGGGUGACGGUAGUCAAAGCCUUCAACACCAUAUCUGCCUGGGCACUGCAGUCUGGGGGACUAGAUGCCAACAGACAGGUACUUAUCUGUGGUGACCGGGCUGAUGCUAAACAGCAAGUGGUGGACAUUGCUCAAAGUCUUGGUUUCACUGUCUUGGACAGAGGCUCCAUCAGAGCAGCUGCUGAGUUAGAAGACUUGCCAUUGCAACUCUUCCCUCUCUGGAGACUUCCUUUCCGCAUCGCCAUUUGUUUAACAGCUUUCAUAUUCUUCUACGCGCUCACAAGAGAUGUUAUCUAUGAGCGUGUUACCAAUGGUAAAGACAACGCUUUUCGCAUUAUGGUCUCGCUGGCCAACAAGGUCUUUCCCAUUGUCUCUCUGGUGAUGCUGUCCCUCUGUUAUCUGCCGGGCGCAUUGGCUGGAUUCCUGCAGCUUUAUAACGGCACUAAGUACCGUCGCUUCCCUGAUUGGUUGGAUCGCUGGAUGCUGUGCAGGAAGCAACUCGGCCUGUUAGCACUGGCCUUCGGUUUUCUUCAUGUUCUUUACACUUUCGUUAUUCCCAUCAGAUACUAUGUGCGCUACAGGAUAAAUGUCUACACAAUAUCAUUGGUAAAAGAUAAUAAAACCUAUGAGUUUGACAACACAGCAGCCUGGCGUCAUGACUCCUACUAUUCCAUGGGAAUUCUUGGAUUUGGGCUGUUUGUCCUAUUAGGAAUUACAUCCCUUCCAUCUGUCAGCAACUCCCUAAACUGGAGGGAGUUCAGUUUUGUACAGUCUAAACUGGGCUACAUGACCCUGCUGCUCUGCACCUUUCACACAUUCCUGUAUGGCUGGGAUAGAUUUCUGAAAACUUCAUCAUAUAGGUGGUGGAUGCCUCAACCAUACAUGUUGUCUCUGGUGGUCCCCUGUGUGGUUCUGAUCCUGAAGUUAAUCCUGAUCAUGCCAUGUGUGGACCACAAGGUCACCCGUAUCCGUCAAGGCUGGGAGAGACAGAGCAAGACUUCAUCAAACAGCAGAGACACAAAGACAAACCAACCACUCAUGGCGUAG